AUUCGUCAGCUAGUGAAGAUGGCGGAGCGAAGCAGGAUGCGGUAGAAUAGCAUCUCAAAGUUCUUGUGUUAAAUGAAACAACAUUUACGGGAAACCCUUUUGAGAUUUUGCACGUGGACGUUUAGUCGGUCUGUUGGUAGCCUACAUCUCCAAUCUGUCAUUUAAAUGGGGAGGAAGACUGCAGGACAAGAAGGCAUCUGGGGCUUGGCUCUUUGCAGUGUCUAGCAUGGCUCAAAGGGAUGAAUGACCCAACAGAGGAGCUCAGCUGAGAAAGAAGCCCAGAGCCCUGGUCUCCUCUCUCAUCGUCUGAAGCUGCACCAUCCUCCAGCUGUUCCGUGUGCCAGGUGAAGGAGAGGAGUGGCAAGCCUGUGGCAGGCUAUGUGGGCCAUGGUCACCUAGGCUGAAUUGUCGUGUGUUAGGUCACAUUCAGCCCUGGUUUUCCCCUCCUCCCAGCACCUCCCUCGCUCUGUGCCCUCUUCCCCUGGCCCCUGGUCUCUCCCCGAACGUCCGGUUGCCAUCUCUCCAUUGCCACAUGACUGGCAUGCGGAGGCUGGCUCGGUCCGUGAGGCAGCAGGGCCUCCACCGCCUGGUCCUGGUGCUCAUCCUCUUCUGCCUGCUCUCCAUGGCCUACCUGGCCUACCACGUCAGUGGGGGUCCCAAAAUCAAGGAGGCGCCCCCACUGCCUCUGGGGGACUGUGUGGCUGCGGCCCCGGUCGCCGGCACCCAGCUGUCUCCGCUCUUACUGCCCUCCCAGGAGAGCCAGCGGCGGGCUGUGGCGAGGGCGGUGGAGGCGGCACGAACCGAGCCCGUCGUGCUGGUCUUCGUGGAGAGCAUCUACUCGCAGCUGGGCCAGGAAGUUGUGGCCAUCCUGGAGUCUAGCCGAUUCCGCUACCGCACAGAAGUUGCUCCCGGGAAAGGUGACCUGCCCUCGCUGGCGUGGCGGGGCCGAGGGCGGUAUGCACUGAUCAUCUAUGAAAACCUGCUCAAAUACGUCAACUUGGACUCCUGGAACCGACAGCUGCUGGACAAGUACUGCCAGGACUACGGCGUGGGCAUCAUCGGCUUCUACAGGGCGAAUGGGAACUCGCUGUCCAGUGCCCAGCUGCGGGGCUUCCCCCUCUUCCUGCGCUCCAACCUACCACUGUGGGAUUACCACAUCAACCCGGCCGCCUCGCUCCUCUAUGUCACCCGGCCCAGCGAACUGGAGCCAGGCCCGCUGCCGGCAGACAACUGGACCAUAUUCCUGUCCAACCAUAGCACUUAUGAGCCUGUGCUGCUGGCCAACACCAGGCCUACCGACCCACCAGCACAUUCCUUCUUGCAGAGGACGCUGAUGGCUACUGUAAUGCAAGACCUCGGGCUUCACGAUGGGAUCCAACGCGUGCUCUUCGGUGGAAGUCUGUCCUUCUGGCUGCACAAGCUACUGUUAGUGGAUGCAGUGGGGUAUUUGACAGGCAGGCGGCUCAGCCUAUCACUGGAUAGAUUUCUGCUAGUGGAUGUGGAUGACAUCUUUGUUGGAAAGGAAGGAACUCGCAUGAAGGUGGCUGAUGUGGAGGCUUUGCUUUACACUCAGACCAAGCUUCGCUCUCUGGUCCCCAACUUCACCUUCAACCUUGGCUUCUCUGGAAAGUUCUUCCACACAGGCACUGAUGAGGAGGAUGAAGGAGAUGACAUGUUGCUUACACACAGGCAGGAGUUCUGGUGGUUUCCUCACAUGUGGAGCCACAUGCAGCCCCACCUCUUCCAUAACGUCAGUGUGCUCGCAGAGCAGAUGAGACUCAACAAGCAGUUUGCCCAGGAGCACGGCAUCCCUACAGACAUGGGCUACGCAGUGGCUCCCCACCACUCAGGAGUUUACCCAGUGCACAAGCAGCUGUACCAGGCCUGGAAGAGUGUGUGGGGCAUUACAGUGACCAGCACAGAGGAGUACCCCCACUUGAGACCUGCCCGCUUCCGCAGGGGGUUCAUCCACAGUGAGAUACACGUACUCCCACGGCAGACAUGUGGGCUCUUUACACAUACCAUCUUCUAUAAAGAUUACCCAGGAGGCCCUCAGGAACUGGACAAGAGCAUCCGCGGUGGAGAGUUGUUCCUUACUGUGCUGCUCAAUCCUGUCAGCAUUUUCAUGACCCAUCUGUCCAACUAUGGCAAUGACCGCUUGGGCCUGUACACAUUCGAAUCUUUGGUGAAGUUUGUGCAGUGUUGGACUCACCUGCGUUUGCAGACACUGCCUCCAGUCCGCCUGGCUGAGAAAUACUUCCACAUCUUCCCUGAUGAGAGAGACCCCCUGUGGCAGAAUCCUUGUCACGAUAAGAGGCAUAAAGACAUCUGGUCUAAAGAGAAGACUUGUGAUAGACUGCCCAAGUUUCUGGUUAUUGGCCCUCAGAAGACAGGGUCAACGGCACUACACACAUUCCUCUCCCUCCACCCUGCCAUCACAGCCAGCUCCUCCAGCCCUGUCACCUUUGAGGAGGUGCAGUUCUUCAGCGGACCCAACUACUUGCGCGGCAUUGACUGGUACAUGGACUUCUUCCCUGUGCCCUCCAACGUCAGCACAGACUUCCUGUUUGAGAAGAGCGCUAAUUACUUUGACACUGAGAUUGUCCCAAAGAGAGCUGCUGCACUGCUGCCAAGAGCCAAAAUCCUAACCAUCCUCAUCAACCCUGCUGACCGGGCCUAUUCUUGGUACCAGCAUCAGCGGGCCCAUCAGGAUCCUGUAGCUCUGAACUACACAUUCCAGCAGGUGAUCUCUGCAGGGCCAUCGGCACCAGCAGGCCUGCUCACGCUGCACCGCCGCUGCCUGCAGCCCGGCUACUACAGCAGCCAUUUAGAGCGCUGGCUCCACUAUUACCAGCCCAGCCAGCUUCUGAUUGUCGACGGACUACAGCUUCGUUCUAGCCCAGCCCAAGUGAUGGAUAGUGUGCAGAAAUUUCUGGGAGUCACACCUUUCUUCAACUACACUCAAGCACUGAUGUUUGAGGAGAGUAAAGGCUUCUGGUGUCAGAGGCUGGAUGUGGGUCGCACACGCUGCCUGGGUAAGAGCAAAGGCAGGAAGUACCCAGACAUGAGCCGAGAGACGCGGGUCUUCCUGUCUGAGCAUUUCCGGGAGCAGAAUGUGGAGCUCCUCCGGCUGCUUAAACGUUUGGGUCAGCCUCUGCCUAGCUGGCUCAGGGAUGAGCUGCACCACUCCAGCUGGAGCUGACAUUCAACAACUCCCAUCAGAAUGGAACCACAGCUAGGGUCCUUCUGUGUACCGGAGGAAACAGGGCCCCUGUGUCCCCAGAGGAGAGAGCACAGAUGGCUCCUUCAUUCUCCACACACCGCAGAGGCCUGGCCAAGAGGACCGGCCAUCCGAGGGGUCUGCAGAAGUUCAAACCCACAUAUGUGGGAGAAUGGAAUCACGGUGCAAGUAGAUCUCGAACAUGAAUUUAAGAGGAGUGUACACUUUUUUAUUUAAUGGCCAAGAUAAGCAAGUUGGAGCGCAUUAGUUGCACUGUGGGUAACAGACAUGGGAGCUCAUUAUUUGCAUUGUGGGAAAUGGUGUUUCACAAUUUUCUGAAUGCCUAUGGGCUGGCAGUAUCUCAACUACAGAGGGAGUCUUUGGUAAAUGAGGCAUAUACACAAGUUUUGUGAAAGGAUAGAAAGAUUUUGUUGAUUUGAAUGAAUUCACUAGCUAUUGGGAAAUUCUGUGGUUGGUCUUUGAAGAGAUUUUUUAAUUCAGCCGAUCAGAGAUGCAUUUGAACACCUGCCUCCUAAGACUGCAGGAGUUUGCUGACUACUAAAAUGGAUUUUUCAAAUGAUAAAUGCAGUUUUGAUCAAGUCAGCUUCUCAUACCAUGUAAGAAGUAACAGGGACAAUGCACCUUGCAGCCAGUUUUGGCUUGCUGAGAGAACGUUGCUUCUUUAUAUAAUUUAAUUUGAAAUGUUUAUUCUAAAACUAAUUUUGGCUCCAGGAAAAUGAUACUAGAAAUGUGGAUAUGCCAGUGAAUGCGGCUAGCACGUCUGCCAGAGCUAUCCAUCAAAGGCAGCAGCACUACCCAGUCCCACAGUGGAAGCGCCUGUGGGAAGGGUGUGGUAGCCAUGCCAUGCCCCCACACACAUUGUGCCCUAAAUAAUACACUGCAGGUAAGGCAGGCAGCUUGUGUGCAGUAGUGUGUGUGUGUGUGUGGGGGGUGUUUGUAGUGUGUGCAUAUAUGUUAAAAGUUGUUUGUAAAACUAUCAACAGUAGUGUGAUCUGUUGUCUUAUUUGAUCAACCUGGAAGCAAGCAACACUCACAUCUGCAAAUAAAGGCAAAAGAUGACUGACA